UCUGGUCCCGGGCUACUGCGCUCCAGAGGCCCACUCCAGUCCAGGCACUUCCCUUUGCUAGCUUCAUGGCCGCGCGGUCUGCCUUCCGGAUGCUGCGGCAGCUCCUGAAGUUCAGCACCCGGGGCUGCAGCUCAGGAGCUCCGGUGACGCAGCCCCGCCCCGGGGAGCCCUCGAGACCUGCCAGGGAGGAGCUGUCCAUGAGACUGAAGUUCCUUCGGAAGCAUGCCGCUCCCUUCUCUGCCUUCCUCACGGACAGCUUUGGCCGGCAGCACAGUUACCUGCGGAUCUCUCUCACAGAGAAGUGCAACCUCCGAUGUGAGCCACCUCCUGGGCCAGCUCUGGGCCAUGUCCCUCUGCUGAUAUGCGGUCUGGUGGUUCCCUGGAGAAGGGGGUCCCUGAAUCUUUGCUUCUCCCUCUCUGCAGGCUUCCACAAAGUCAUGGAGGGUAUCCACAAAGCCAUUGAGCUGGGUUACAAGCCUGUGAAGGUGAACUGUGUGGUGAUGCGAGGCCUGAAUGAAGAUGAGCUUCUGGACUUUGUGGCCUUGACAGAGCAUCUUCCCCUGGAUGUACGCUUCAUUGAGUACAUGCCAUUUGAUGGCAACAAGUGGAACUUCAGGAAGAUGGUCAGCUAUAAGGAGAUGCUGGACACCAUCCGGCAGCAGUGGCCAGCGCUGGAGAAGCUGCCGGAGGAGGACUCCAGCACAGCCAAGGCCUUUAAGAUCCCUGACUUCCAAGGUCAGAUCAGCUUCAUCACGUCCAUGUCAGAGCAUUUCUGUGGGACUUGCAACCGGCUGCGCAUCACAGCUGAUGGGAACCUCAAGGUCUGCCUCUUCGGGAGCUCCGAGCUGUCCCUGCGGGACCACCUGCGGGCCGGGGCCUCUGAGGAGGAGCUUCUGAGAGUCAUUGGAGCAGCAGUGGGUAGGAAGAAGCAGCAACAUGCAGGCAUGUUCAAUAUUGCCCAGAUGAAGAACCGACCCAUGAUCCUCAUCGGGUUGUCUUGGAUGCUUCGAAAUUCCCCACCAGCUAGUUGGAGCACUCUCUCCUGGGAUCCCCUCCGUGUUCGGAAUCUGAGUGUCAGAGAGAACCUUUCUGACCAGCUGGCCACUUUGUGGAAAAGACUCCGUGUCCCCAUGACCCUUCCUCUGUCUCAACAGUGCCUGGGGUCCUGCUCCCCUCAGAGACACUACAGCUGCUACCCAGACUCUGACACUCACUCAAAGUGCCUUAGCGUAGGGUCCCAGGAUCCUGCUGUCCCCUCAGGACCAGGGCUGACUUCAACUCAGCUAACUCAUGUGGAUUCAGAAGGACGGGCAGCGAUGAUAGAUGUGGGCGGGAAGCCAGACACAGAGCGGGUGGCUGUGGCCUCUGCCGUGGUCCUUCUUGGACCUGUGGCCUUCAGGCUUGUCCAGCAGAACCAGCUUAAGAAGGGUGAUGCUCUGGCAGUGGCCCAGCUGGCUGGAGUCCAGGCAGCCAAGCUAACUAGUCAGCUGAUUCCCCUGUGCCACCACGUGGCCCUGAGCCACGUGCAGGUACAGCUGGAGCUGGACAGCACACGCCAUGCCGUGCUGGUCCAGGCAUCCUGCCGGGCCCGAGGCCCCACUGGGGUAGAGAUGGAGGCACUGACCUCGGCUGCCAUGGCUGCCCUUACCCUGUAUGACAUGUGCAAGGCAGUCAGUAGGGACAUAGUGGUGGCAGAGGUAAAGCUCAUCAGUAAGACUGGAGGUCAGCGGGGGGACUUCCAUCGGGCUUAAGAGUGCCUCACUCACCCCAAUCAUGUCUCCCAAGGAGAUGUAAUUUGGGUGGAGGAAAAGAUGUCACAUUCCUCUUAAUCUAGUCACUAUGACCUAGGAUCACCCUGUCUCUUUACCAUUGAUACUUAUUAUAACCCAUGAGGUGUCCUCAACAUGAAGACACCUCUGGCCUUGACACCUCCAGGACUCCAGCGGUGGAUACCCCCCAUGCCAUGUCAUAGUACUUGGCUUGUUUCAGAUGGCCAGCUUCAGGCAGCCCUUCUCAUUUAGGGUUCUCUCUUCUCUUCCCUGGGGAGAUAUUAAGGGCUCAUUAAGCAGAGGAACCCAUUUUGAGGAAGGAAAAACACAAGCUCCCUAAAGAAUGUAUCACAGGAUCCCCACUCCUUGGCCUCCGACCCUGCUCCAACAGGAUGCACACUUAUGGACUACAGCCCUAAGGACUCGUGCCAAACUUUACACACACCUGGUUCUGCUUACUGCGGCCUGCCCACACCUCUCUGCUCUGGCACAUAUCAGGGAAAGAAGAGGUGAAGGUGACCUUCACCCUCACAGCGCACAAAUAAAGCCACAAUGUCAGCUUUGGA